ACAGCUUGUGAAGCUGCUGCUAGCUAGCCUAGCUGUGCUGCUGAGCAAUGACAUGCUUUGAUAUAGAAAUGCUAUUCCAACGGGGCACAGCGUCUCAUCAGCGAGGCUAGCUUGUUGGAGUGGGAAAAAAUAACUGCUAGCUAGGAUUUUGGAUAUAAUCUGUGUGUUUCCAUUUGUGGUUUGUGUGACGCCUCUAUACGCUGAUUCCCCCCCCCCUAAAGGACAUAAGAAGAGGUGGCCAUCAGCAGUCGGGUCAACAGAGAAGUAUCAGAGCCCUUGAAGUUCUCAGCUUUGAUGCAGUACAGUGCACCUGGUGCAAGAUGACGGAAGAGGUGAUUGUCAUCGCCAAGUUCGACUACAUGGCCCAGCAGGACCAGGAGCUGGACAUCAAGAAAAACGAGCGUCUCUGGCUCCUCGACGACUCAAAGUCCUGGUGGAGGGUUCGGAAUGCCACCAACAAAACAGGCUUUGUGCCGUCUAACUACGUGGAGAGGAAAAACAGCGCCAGAAAAGCGUCUAUUGUCAAGAAUCUCAAAGACACACUGGGGAUAGGGAAGGUGAAGGGUAGAAAGGGGCCGAGAGACACCGCCUCCAACGCAGACACAGACAUGUAUGCAGAUAAUGGCGAGCGGCUGUACGACCUCAACCUGCCCGCCCUGGUCAAGUUCAGCUACGCAGCAGAGCGCGAGGACGAGCUGUCUCUGGUGAAAGGCACGCGGGUGGUGGUGAUGGAGAAGUGCAGCGACGGCUGGUGGCGCGGCAGCUACAACGGACGCUCUGGCUGGUUUCCGUCCAACUACGUGACGGAGGACAUGGACGGGACGGCGGGGGGAGGGGGCAUGGGCGGGCUCGGAGACCCAGCCGGCUCGCUAACGGAGAAGCUGGCGGCCGUGGUGAACAGCACUGCGAAUGGGAACCGAGUGCUGCACACGGUUCAGGCGCUCUACCCUUUCAGCUCGGGCAACGACGAGGAACUAAACUUUGAGAAGGGCGACGUGAUGGAGGUCGUGGAGAAGCCUGAGAACGACCCGGAGUGGUGGAAGUGUCGCAAAGCGGACGGACAGCUGGGCUUGGUGCCUAAAAACUACGUCACUGUGCUGGACUCCAUCUCCCAUAAACCCGGGGUGGGGCCUGCUGGGCCGCCCACGCCGGACUGUGACUACAUCUCGCCCUCAGGCAGCGGUCGCUUCGCAGGGAAGGAGUGGUACUACGGCAAGGUGACGCGCCACCAGGCGGAGGUGGCCCUCAACCAGAGAGGCAUAGAGGGAGACUUCCUCAUCCGGGACAGCGAGUCAUCGCCAAACGACUUCUCCAUCUCCCUCAAGGCGCAGAGCAAGAACAAGCAUUUCAAAGUGCAGCUGAAGGAGAACCUUUACUGCAUUGGACAGCGCAAGUUCAACUCUAUGGAAGAGCUUGUUGAACACUACAAAAAGGCCCCCAUCUUCACCAGUGAGCAGGGAGACAAACUGUACCUGAUCAAGGCCCUGGCUGCCUCCUGAUCCAUCUGUUACACACACACACGCACUUACAUGCACUUACACACACACACACACACACACACACACACACACACACACACACACACACACACACACACACUUUGCUAACUGCAUCCAUUUAUAUAUAAAUAUGUAUACAUACAGAUACUUAUGCCAGAACACACACUAACAUUUAAACUUCCAGCCUGAGGACUUAACACAUCAUCAGGACUUAAAUGCCCAAUUUGUGAGCAUUCCAAGAGGAGCUAAUGAAAAAGCAUGGGAGAGACACGGAUGAACGGAAAAGGGGAGACAAAAAAGACUAUGGACUCCUGAGAGAUGACUACAGACCUCUUGGUCGCCUAUUUUAAAUUAUCCAGAUGUGUUAGGUCAUAGGCAAUGCCAUGUAUUUCCACCCUGAUAUCUAUUAGAGUUGCAUUUAGUUUCAUUUUUUUUUUUUGUUUUUGUUGCUAAUAUAUAAUCUUUUUAACAGUUUCUUUUAAAAAUGUGAUGGUUUUUAAACUAUAUCCAGUACACAACAGCAACCACCCGUAUAAGGCAGUUUUCCAGAUGUCAGCAAAUUCAGAGUCUAGAGCCUAUAGAGGUCUACACUGCAACUCAUGUUCGUGUUUGUCUGUCUCAUUAAUUCCUUCUUUACGGUUGUGGACUCUAAUCCACUAUCUCUGCUAACUGCUAAUCAUGAAUAAAAAUUAAGUGACCAAAAUAUAUUUAUUGAUAGAAUUCUGUUAGGAUCAUGGUUGUAGAGACUGGAAUAUCAUAUCACACUCGCACACAUCUGUUUUUUUUGAUUUUGUUUGUUUUUUAGAGAAUUGUGGAGGAUUUCUGUUCUUGUGCAAGGUCAAACUAGUUGUUUCUUUUUGUAUAACGGAACUGCUUGUCUCAUAUUGCUGUAUCCGUAUCAUGUGAAUGUUAUCAAAGCCCAGGCAUCACAGACAGUUAGGGGAUGGGGGGCUCAAAAAAUACCAUGACUUUGCAUGCAUGCGUGCAGACAGAAAAAGUGUCCUCACACCUUUUUACUGUAUCUCCCAAACAAGAGCUGGAUAGUCCGCAUGAGUCAUGGCGGAGUUUAUCCCUGUGUCUAGAGGUGAACCGAAGGAUAUGUUUCUUUAGAGAGGGCGGUGAACGUUGACAGCGGUGCGGAUUCCAAACAGCCGCCGGUUCUGUUGAGCUGUGAGGGGAAAAUGGAGGACCAGUCCAGGCAGACCAGAUGAUGACGUCACUGCUCCUGAAUUAGUGAUCACUGGAGGGAAUGGAGGCGUUCAGGGUCACCCAGGGUUCAUGUUGUGCGGAUGCAUCAAGCUAGGAGACACCCUCAUCCUCAAGGAUUUUUAGAAAACAGUUCCUUAUGGCUACGUGUGAAAAUCAAACUGAUUUAAAUGCUUGGUAUUUUCUUUGAUAUCUGGGCAUUUAUUUCCAUAUGUCUAAGAAGUUUGGGGGAAUCCCGCUUUUUUUUUUCAAAUGUGCAGUCAGUGUCAAGUUAGAAUGCAAAUGUUUUCAGCAGAGCACAUGGUUUAUAUUUACAGUAUCGGUCUGUUGUGAAUGGGUGUUUUUUUUUGUUGAGUGAAAAUGGACCAAGUAGUGUUUUUGAAUGUAGAAAGGGCAGUUAGUGCCAGCGCCUGCAAUCAAAGCUGCAGCAGCGCAGACGGGGAGCCGCUCCAGCAGUGGGCUCAGGGAGAUGAUGAUGAUCACGAUGCUUGUAAUAAUGAGUUCUCCAGCUGUGGCCAGUUGGACCCGAGCACAGAGAAAGGGAGGGGGGGGGGGGGGGUUUCACAGAGGAGGAAUGGAAAAAUGGACCCGAAAAAAAGUAGGAUCUAGGGAGGAGACUUGGAGAAUCUGUUCCACUGGAUAGAGUAUCUGGAUUACCACUCCCAGUCAGACACGGGUGGGGAAAUGGAACGGAGGCCAACGCUGAUGUAUCAUAGCAGGGAAGACAGGAUUUUGGAUGGCAGUAUUUCGGGAGGGCUUUCAAGAUCUAGUCAAUCCGAGCAUGAAAAAGAGUCAGAGUCAGCAAAGAGAACAUGGGUGUGAACCUCCCUUUUCUUUUUUUUUUUCUUUCUCCCCCCUUCCCUCCAUCUCGCAGGUGAUUGACAGCUAGAGCUGUGUGACGACUCCUCUAUUUUGGAGCUGUAAAAGAUGAAUUAUAAAGUGAAAUGAUUACAACCAUUUGAUUUUAUGAAGGGUUAAAAUGGAGCAUUGUAAUUAUACACCUACAGGCGCGGGCGGGAUCUUAAUUUUAACUGAGAUUGCAUUUUCUUAAACAGUACAACAACAUUCCAGGAUUGAAAAGCUUCUGUCAGGGCUCGAAAGGUCUUGUGUAUGACUACAUGGUUCAAAAUGUAAAUCUCAGGACUGCUCAUCAGUGUGAGUGAUUUUUAUUUUUUUUUUUUUUGGGUCCCAAGAUUUAUUUGAAUUUAACCUGUAGCCAUUUUUUCAAGUCGUGUAAGACGUGUGCCUGUAUUCCCUUUAUUUUUAGUAAUCCCCUCUUUUUGGUUUCUGCGUUAUCAUUCACCAGAUGAGCGUCUGAGUUACUGGAAUCCUGUUACAUGUCAUUUAUUACACCUUAAUCCCUGGCUGAUAUAUCUGUGCCAUUUUCUUCACACUUAUGUGAGUCAGUGUUCGCCUAACAGUGGUGAUCAACCGCUAUCAGCAAACCCAAUUUUAGUUGAGAAAUUUCCUCCCCGACUUCCAAUUCCACAGCAUCUGCUACAUUUCGCAGCAUUAAAGUGACAAACGCCAAUGCAACGUGCCCCAGUUUGAAGGAUUUAGGAGGAGAUUUUAAUGUGCCUUCACAGCUUUCUGUCAACCAAAGGUUUAUCCCCCCCCACCCCCCCCUUCCUUAAUUCUUGUAUCUUGUUCUUCCUACUUGUCUUGUCACCGCCACGUGCUAUUUGGUUAAAGCUUUGCAUGUGCGUCAGUUGAGUGUUAUGAGUGAGUGGUGGGUGUCUGAAAACAUCCUCAUAGAGAAGGGUAUUUCCUCAUUUAGCGCUCGCUUUGUGGACACAGGCUGAAAAUGUCAUUGUCUAAUGUUUUGAUUUGUUGGAGGCAUUUUUUUGUCAUGCAUAACAUGCCCGUUAGGUGAUACUUGUGUGUAGUUUUCAAGUGACCUUAACUUUGCUGAUUUCAUCAACUUCUUAAUUGAACAGUGAAUGCUUACAUGUACAGAAUAAAAUGUGCGCUGAUGUUUAUUCAGAAACUUAGCCCCAGGUGUGAUGUAAUCAUGACCUGAAUCUCAUGUAUGAGCACCUCAAGUAACGGUAUCGCAUAUUGUUGGUUGUGAAGAAAGUGUCAUGGUUUCUGAGGAAAUAGUUUUUUUUUCAUGUCUGUAUGUAUUUCAUAUAAGACUAGUGUAAGACAUUCACUUUUGCAGUUUAGCCACUUAAAUAUGUAAAAACGGAAAAAAAAAAUCCUCAACACUUAAAUGUUUUACUUGAUAUUCAAAUACAGAACUACAGUAUCUCUCUGCUUAGAUAUUGGUAUGAACUGGGAUAUGUUUCAUUUUUCACCAACGGAGGCCGCAUGAGCAGAGCCUUGUAGCUGUACAGAAAUUAUUUUAAAUCGGCUUAAAAAGACACGGAGGUCAGUUGUGACGGAUAUUUCCAAGAGAUUUGUUUGUUACGAGCAAGAACUACAGUGCAGAUGGAAGUCUUUGCUUCUUCACUGCUAAACAAGCCUGAGAUAAUCUUGAAUCUUACAUUUUCUUGAUCAUAUUCGGAACAAAUGACCCUGUUAAACUUUGGUGCUUUUGUGCUGCUUACAUUUUUAUGGUGUUCUUUGUCUCACAAAGCUUUUUUUCUUGUCUAUAUGAGAGAGUGUGAAGAAAACAGAUCCAUGCUGUGGAAUGAUAAAGGCAGUGCUGUGAAUCUUAAUGUCAUGCUCUUAAUACUGUUUUUAUGGAGGGGAGAUUGUCUUCAGGUGUAAUAAUUUAGAAGAGUUUAUUAGAGUGUUCAAAAGACGUAAUAAACAACAUAAAAAUGA